UGCCCCAUCAUUGGUGUCAGUGGGAGGAAUAGUGCCCCAUUGUUGGUGUCAGUGGGGGGAGGAAUAGUGCCCCAUCGUUGGUGUCAGUUGGGGGGUGGAAUAGUGCCCCAUCGUUGGUGUCAGUGGGGGGGAGGAAUAGUGCCCCAUCGUUGGUGUCAGUGGGGGGAGGAAUAGUGUCCCAU